AUGAGUGUCAGCGCAAUCACGGGCGAGUUGAGCAAGUUGGGAUUGACCCAACCUGAAGCAGUUAAGCAGUCACUUCCAGACUACAACAUUGUCGAUGUUUUCAAAAACUUUAUCGCCGACGAGUUUAGUCGAAUAACCAAAGUUGACAAAUCUGUGGUUUUCGACGCCUUGGACACUCCGAAAGUCUUGGACCAAGGCGAUCUUAUCGUUGCGUUGCCUAGAUUGAGAUUAAAGGGCAUCAAUCCCAAUGACAAGGCAAAAGAAUGGUCUGAACAGUUCCAAAAGGGCAAGUUUGUGAGCGAGGUCAAGCCUCAAGGUGUCUUUAUUCAGUUUUUCUUCAACAAGUCUGUUCUUUUCGAUUUAGUGGUCAAUGACGUGUUGAAGAGAAAGACAGAGUACGGCUACCUUCCCUUGGGAGUUGGCAAAAAGGUUAUUGUCGAGUUUUCGUCCCCCAACAUCGCCAAACCGUUCCACGCGGGUCACUUGAGAUCCACCAUCAUUGGUGGAUUCAUCUCGAACUUGUAUGAGAAAUUGGGCUGGGAUGUGAUUAGAAUCAACUACUUGGGAGACUGGGGAAAACAGUUUGGUUUAUUGGCCGUUGGAUUUGAAAAAUAUGGAUCAGAGGAGAAAUUGGCGCAGGAUCCUAUUAACCACUUGUUUGAAGUUUACGUCAAGGUCAAUAACGACGUCAGGAACGAGACUAAUGAAGCCACGGGGGAAAGCCAAGAAGGGGUUGAUGCCUCUGAACAGGACGAAAAAAAGAUUCAAUCCUCGACAAACGAACAGGCUAAACAAUUUUUCAGAAGAAUGGAAGAUGGAGACGAGGCAGCUUUGAAGAUCUGGAGCAGAUUCAGGGACUUGUCAAUUGAAAAAUAUAUUGACACUUAUGCCCGUUUGAACAUCCGAUACGACAACUACUCGGGCGAAUCUCAAGUUCCCCAAGAGUUGAUGAAGAAUGCUACCAAGCAGUUUGAAGAAAAGGGUCUUGUUCACAUUGAUAGAGGGGCAAAGCUCAUUGACUUGACCAAGUUCAACAAGAAGUUGGGUAAAACGUUGGUGGAAAAGUCCGAUGGAACGUCGCUUUACUUGACCCGUGAUGUCGGAGAAGCCGUUAGGCGUUAUGAAACUUACAAAUUCGACAAAAUGAUCUACGUGGUUGCUUCGCAACAGGACUUGCACUGUGCCCAGUUUUUUGAAAUUCUUAAGCAGAUGGGAUUCGACUGGGCCAAGAAUUUGGAGCACGUCAAUUUCGGAAUGGUCCAAGGUAUGUCCACCAGGAAAGGUAAUGUAGUGUUCUUGGACAACAUUCUUCAAGAAACAAAGGAGAAAAUGCACGAAGUGAUGAAGAAGAAUUCGGAAAAGUAUGCUCAAAUCGAGGACCCCGACAAGAUUGCCGAUUUAGUCGGUAUUUCUGCAGUCAUGAUCCAAGAUUUCCAAUCAAAGCGUAUCCUCAACUACGAGUUCAAAUGGGACAGAAUGACGUCAUUUGAAGGUGACACGGGUCCAUACUUGCAGUAUGCACAUUCGCGAUUAUGCUCGGUGCAGAGGAAAUCAGACAUCUCCGACGAGGAGAUGGAAAACGCCAACUUUGACUUGUUGACAGAGCCAUGCGCCGCCUCGUUGGUUAGAACCUUGGUGCAGUACCCAGACGUCAUCAAGAGAGCUUCCAAUAACAACGAACCUUCAACAGUGGUGACAUAUCUCUUCAGCUUGUGCCACAUUGUUUCCCAGUGCUAUGAUAUCCUUUGGGUUGCAGGUCAAGAAAGAGACGUGGCUGCAGCCAGACUUGCCUUGUAUCGCGCAACUAGACAAGUCAUUUACAAUGGUAUGACCUUGUUGAACUUGACUCCUGUUGAAAGAAUGUAA